UGUGUGUGUGAGUGUGUGAGUGUGUGUGACUUCUCGCCUGUGCAGACCUCAGAGCCUCAGCUCACCUCGGGCGGCUCGUCCCCGCCCCUCAGUGAACGGACAGGGUGGAACCCGGGAUGACCUCUGGGGCGUCACCGAGCGCCGGCGGCGCUGGAGAACCAGGACACUUAUUCAGAAGGUCACGUCACGAGCUGCAGGUCUUCUCCUCCCUCCCUCGUCCUCAGCCUUUGUCUGCAGGUGAGAGGCCUAUAAAUGGAUCAGAGCCGCCUCCAUCCCGCUCAUCUCCCCACAAAUCCUUCUCCCGAUGACACUGAGCGCCUCAGACGGAGCGAUGUUGUCGAGGCUGCUGGGAUUCCUCGCCCUGUCCUCACUCGGCUCGACCAUGCUGCUACCAAACACCACCAGUGAGUCCAGCGAAGAGGACGGCUCCACCUGGAACACCACGACCCCCGAAGGUGGCCCCGUGCAGAUGCCCACCACAUUGCCACCGUUGUCAAACAGCGGCAACAUGACCGAAUACUCGAACAACCUCCAGAUGCUGGGGGUCACUGGCCCAGUGAUUCCCUCCAUGCCUGAUACAAUGAUCUGUGACACGCUGCUGAACUCACCGAUCCCACUGCCCCUCGACCAGAUUCCACUUUUCUGCAUCUGUUCGCACUGCAAAGGCACCGUGGGGCCCAAAGGAGACCGAGGAGACCGGGGCCCUCCAGGUUCACCUGGGAGUCCUGGGAGGAGAGGGAUGACUGGAUUCAAAGGUCGACCAGGAUUCACAGGCCCUCAGGGAAUAAAGGGUCAGAAGGGAAACCUGGGGGAGAAGGGGGAGGUCGGCCCUGUCGGAUUCACCGGGACAAAGGGCCAGCAAGGCUACAAAGGGGAGAAAGGGGAUGGAGGAGUGAUCGGGAUCCCGGGUCCACAGGGCCCCCAGGGAGAAACUGGCACAUGCCCUGCAUCCUGUGAGAGUGUCGAGGGUCCACCAGGUCCACAAGGGACCCCAGGACCAGCAGGAGCCCGGGGCCUGCCUGGGGUACAAGGAGUUGUGGGAACCAAAGGUUUUAAGGGCGAUAAAGGUGACCUGGGUAGACCUGGCGACCCCGGGCUGAAUGGCCAGAAGGGGGAUCAAGGUGAGGAAGGCGUGUGUGAGUGCACCGAUGGGAUGAAGGGCACUGAUGGGACACCAGGACAAAAGGGAACUACAGGGGACAAAGGUGACACUGGGGCCCAAGGUGUUCAAGGCCCUGUGGGGCCAAAAGGCGACGAGGGCAUCAGUGGUGUCUCUGGUCCCCCCGGUCCCUGUUCCAUUGCCCUCCAAUCAGCCUUCUCUGCAUGUGUCAACCAAUCGUUUCCUGUUCAAGACUGGCCCAUCCCUUUCCCACAUGUCCUCAGCAAUCGACAAGGACACUUCCAACCACUCUCUGGCAUCUACAAAGCCCCCUUCAAUGGCACCUAUGUCUUCUCCUUCCAUCUGGCGGUUGCCUUCAGGACACUUAAGGUCGGCCUGUUUGUCAACCUCUACCCUUUAGUCAGAACAACGGAAACCACCAACCAAGCCACAGCUAGCCAGACGAUCGUCCUCCACCUCAACGCAGGAGACCAGGUGUGGCUGCAGGUGAAGAACACUGUCACCAAUGGUCUUUACACCGACAACGAGAGCAGCAGCACCUUCUCUGGGUAUCUGCUCUACGCCGACUCCUGCGAAAUUGGCUUCGGACGAAAUUUCGUGCCCGUACCAGAGUUUCAGGACGGAGACUUCAGCUGGGAUGGUCCUCCACAAACCACCACUCCUCCACCAUAGUCGGCUCCAGUCAGUCAGUCAGUCGCACAUUUAUAGAUGAAGUAUCCACAUCCUGUCAAUCAAACAUUCUGUGCAUUUAUAACUGCAACUUUUAAAGGUGGGGUAUUCCUAAAAAAAAGAGCAGAGUUGAGUGAUUUUUGAGUUUGAGAAGUUACAAGUCAUGUAGUUGCUUCCCUCACUGCUGUUACCUAGUUAAAUAUUAACUGAGUCAAUCACAACUACUCCUAAAAUGUACUAUUCAGUCUGUGCCAUUUGUGGACUGGACCUGGGUUGUUCUAGAUACUGUUGUUGGUGGGUGGUUCUCGUCAGAGGAAAGAGGCGACCAGCAGAACUUCUAACCAAUAGGUUUGCUGUGAUCACAGCAAAAGAACAAACCAACAAGUCAACAGCUCCUGAAUCACACUGACGUCAUGGUGAUCCUCUGACUUUUCCUGUCAAGAUCGUAAUUAGUGGUUUUCGGUGACAUAACUUGACAACUAUCGGAUCACCAUGAAAUUUGGUCGAGAGCGUUCACGUUACGGUUCAGUCAUCUACUAAUCUGAUCUGUCCAUUACUUUCAGGUUUCGAGCUAAUUAGGGAACAUGAGUAUGCUAACAUGCUUAACUAAGACUGUGACCGUUACAUCCACUUGGAAACAUGAUUUUUGGUUAAUUGGCAAGUUCCGGAAACCUAAUACCUUGGAUAAAUGAUACUCUGGGCCAUUAAAAACAUACACACGGAUAGAUUUGAAUCCAUAAAUGUAAAUUAUUAUUUCAAUUUCAACCAAAACUAUGAAGUAAAACCAGAAUAAGAAUAGAAGUCUGUAUGUUUUAAAGCUCUAUAGUGUUUCAGUUACUGCACCAGGGCAUAUCGAUAUCGAUUCUCUCCUGUGGGAUCCGAUCACACCAGUUCACUGACACGUCCAGUGAUGACAUCACAUCCGACACAGCACGACCUCGCUGCAGCUGAGGAGACAAACUGUAUCGUCCUCUUCACUUCCUGUGAUGUCAUCUUAGCUCUAAAUAGAGGAGGCGCCACGCCCACAACUUGAACGGUCCAAUCAGGACCGGUUCUGGAUUCCAAACAAUUACACGUGAAUAAUAAAGAGCGAUAAUCUCUUCUCAAGUCUGAAGCCAAACGACACAAGACGUGUGUUUGAACAAGAUUUGGCAAAACUAUUAAAGAGAAACUACCUGUGAGUUUUUAAUGGCACCAAGUAGUUCCAGCAGGAACAUACCCCCCUUCAAGUGCGGAGAUAAAUUGGUUCUGGUGAUAGUCUGGUGCCAGCAUGACGUCUGCACCUGAUCAAGUAUUUCCUCUAAUCUUUUAGGACUCUAAAGCUCUAAAGCUAAAUGUUUUUGAUGGCACUUUAAAAAGUAGUAAAUCCAUUUUUUUACCCCCUGAGAUCAGCUUGCUGCAGCUUAGUUCUAGAGCCAGUAUCAUUUCACGUUUUCAAAUGUUAAUGAUGGAAACAUUUUGAUGCUUGAGAAAAAACAACAACAACUAUAUUAAAUUGCAACCAAAGCGUCUGCUUCCAUCACGAGUCCUCUGUUAAUAGCUCAUGCGAUGAUUUGUUAACCACCUAUGAAGCUGAAAUGAACACCUGGUUUCCAUCUCCGCGCUCAUGACGAGCGAUGAACGCCACGUGUCGUGAUGUGCUGCUGACUGACACGGAUCUGUCGCUGGAAUCGUCGUCCUGGUGACAGAGCGAAGCCAAAUCUGCCAAGGAAGUAGAGGAGCUGAGGAGGGUAAAGGUUACAGGUACGAAGAGAGUUUAAAUGGAGAAAGAGCAGGUCAGGAAGGACGCGGUGAAGGAAACAAGACGUGGGGCCCAGACGUGAACAGGUAGGGAUGUGUUGUUCACGAAGUUCGGCUACUUUCAAAAAUCUUCAUCAACUCCCGUAACGGUGACCAACGAGUCACAAACUGCUAAAACAACUAAAAAUUUGAUUCAAAAAAUGUUUUCUGGAAAAACAACAACUUUUGCUUACAACAAUUACAUAUUAUCCGAUCUAUUUUAUAACAAGUCGAGUUAUUUCAUCAAUAUCGUCUCGAAUCUGAAGAAAGUUGAGCCAUAAAAGCAGAAGUGGAGGUCACAUGAUCGGCUAUCCGAUUGAUUUACACAAAAGAACGAUCUCAUAAAACUCCUUGUGGUUAAUGAAGAGUGACAUUAAAGAGGACGUUGUGAUGUUGAAUGCUACAGGACGCCUGCAGCGGAUUCUGGACAUGUGAUUGGACGAUACAGGAGUCGUCUGAAGGAACGUGGCAUGAAAAGUAUAAAACACUGUGGU